AUGUUUUCUAGCAGCCGGCAUGCUUCAUCGCCUGAUUCGUUUCAUGACCAUGAAGACCUGCUCGGUCCGAGUUGUUUAGACUCAAAUCAGCACAAACAUGAGAACAAUAACGUUGAUCCCAUGCUUGAGCGAUUGACGACAUUGGAGAAUAACUUGACGUUGCUGUUAAGCCGUGCUGAAAUUGAGCCGUAUGCAUCGCUAGAUGACGCAUUAGCAGCGCCAAGUCGUUUCCAUCAACCCAUUAGUGUCAGAAUUACCGACCCAAUUGCCUCGCCAAAGCCGGGGAUGGAUGAGAAUAAAAUGCCUUUUUGGAGAUCGCGAAUCAUUGCGUUGUAUAUCGAUUGGGCAAAAUCAUUUGCGUGCUUUAGGAAUCUACCCCAUGCUGACAAGGUGAUUUAUUGGCUUUGUUUUUUUUUAAAUUUACAAACGCAGUUGAUCACGUUUUAUGAACUGCAGAUCUACAUUUUCUAUGCAGUUUUGAUCUUUGCUUUUCUCGUUUGUUGCUGAGU